AUGAAGAUGUUAUCAUUACUAAGAGUCAUCAUUUUUACCGGCCUCCUGUUUGUAUACAAGGCAGUUGGGGAUCCUUCUUUUUGUCAGAUACAGGGAAAUCCUGAGUUUCCUGUAUUUUCAGAAGAAGGAGAUCUGAAUAUCGGAGGUCUUUUUUCUAUCCACAACAAUAUCACAGAAUCUUCACUUUUCUUUAUAGAAAGACCAACAGCACUUAGUUGUACAAGUAUUUACCGUAGGGGGUUUCGAUUUGCUCAGACAAUGAUUUUUGCCAUUCAGGAAAUAAAUAAAAACAAGUUUCUUCUUCCCAAUAUUUCUAUUGGAUAUCGGAUUUAUGACAACUGUGCAUCAACGUUAUACUCAGUGCGUGCCGUAAUGGCUCUGAUGAAUGGUGAUGAGUUGACAUUGGGAAAUAGCUGCUCUGGGCAAUCAGCUGUUCAUGCUAUUAUUGGAGAGUCUGAAUCUUCUUCAACUAUUGUACUUUCUCGCACCAGCGGACCAUUUCAAAUUCCAGUGAUAAGCCAUUCAGCCACCUGUGAGUGUUUGAGCAAUAGAAAGGAGUACCCCUCAUUUUUUCGAACGAUUGCAAGUGAUCUCUAUCAAAGCAGUGCCCUAGCACAGCUGGUCAAAAACUUUGGCUGGACCUGGGUUGGAGCAGUAAACAGUGACAGUGAUUAUGGCAACAAUGGGAUGGCCAUCUUUCUCUCUGCAGCACAAGAGGAAGGGUUGUGUGUGGAAUAUACAGAAAAAUUUGACAGGACAGAGCCAAGAAAGCUCUUAAAAGUAGUAGAAGUCAUAAGAAAAAGCACUGCUCGGGUAAUUGUUGGAUUCCUUGCUGAUAUAGAGAUGAAAUAUUUGCUAGAGCAGUUGAGUCUUCACAAUAUCACGGGGCGGCAGUUUAUUGGGGUGGAUGCUUGGAUCACUGCCGACAGCCUUGUGACUCCCACCAGCUAUAAAGUGCUUGGAGGUGCUUUAGGUUUUGCUGUACAAAAGGCAAACAUCAGCGGGUUGGAAGAAUUCCUUGUCAGAGGCUUUUGGGAAACAGGUUUUCCUUGUAAUCAGAAAAAUAACAAGGCAAGUCUGACAAAAUGCAAAGAAAACAAGGAUAUCAUGGAGCUCAGAGAUAAUCAGGAUGAUGUGACAAAGUUGAGAUACACAACUAAUAUCUACAAAGCUAUCUAUGCCCUAGCACAUUCUCUACACAGCAUCUUAAAUUGUUCAGAAGGUCAAGGGUGUAAUAAGACUGUGGAGGUCAAGCCAUGGGAGGUAGUAGAGGCUUUGAAGGAUGUCAACUUCACCAUUAAGAAUGGGGACAAAGUGUGGUUUGAUAACACUGGAGCUGCUGUUGCCAGGUAUGAAGUGCUGAACUGGCAGCAAGGAGAAAAUAACUCUGUUCAUUUCAAAUCUGUUGGCUACUAUGAUGCUUCACUACCCCCUGGUAAGAGGUUUGUUCUUAACGAAGAAGCAAUUAUGUGGCCGGGGGAAUCAAAGAAGUUGCCAGUUUCAGUUUGCAGUAAAAGCUGUCUUCCAGGAACCUAUAAAGUUCUUCAGAAAGGAAAACCUGUGUGCUGCUUUGACUGUAUACCUUGUCCAGUUGGGAAUUUUAGCAACACCACAGAUUCUAUAAACUGCAAGAAGUGCCCUGAAGAAUAUUGGUCCAAUCAAAACAGGGAUGACUGUAUACCCAAAAAAAAAGAUUUUAUCUCUUUCAUUGAAAUCAUGGGCAAAGUACUGGUAUUUUUCACUUUGUUGGGAGUUUUCCUAACUUUAAUAGUAGCCAUGUUGUUUUUAAUCAAUAAGAACACUCCAUUAGUGAAGGCAAACAACUCUGAACUGAGCUUCCUGUUGCUUUUCUCCUUGUCUCUCUGUUUCUUGUGUUCUUUGACAUUUAUUGGCAAGCCCACCGGCUGGUCCUGUAUGUUGCGACACACAGCAUUUGGCAUUACCUUUGUCCUCUGUAUUUCUUGCAUUCUUGGUAAAACAAUAGUGGUUCUAAUGGCCUUUAAAUCUACACUUCCAGGUAGUAACAUGAUUAAAUGUUUUGGGCCUGCACAGCAAAAACUCACUGUUUUGUUUUUCACUUUUAUACAGAUCAUAGUUUGCAUCCUGUGGAUAACAAUAAAUCCUCCCAUUCCUUACAAAAAUAUGAAUUAUUAUAUGGAGAAGGUAAUCCUUGAGUGUGAUCUUGGAUCACCUUUUUGGUUUUGGGUUGUGUUAGGAUACAUUGGUCUCCUUGCCUUUCUAUGUUUUGUCCUUGCUUUCUUGGCAAGAAAGUUGCCCGAUAGCUUCAAUGAGGCAAAGCACAUCACCUUCAGUAUGUUGAUCUUUUGUGCAGUCUGGCUCACCUUUAUCCCAGCUUAUGUCAGCUCACCUGGGAAAUUUACUGUUGCUGUUGAGAUAUUUGCCAUACUAGCAUCAAGUUACGGGAUACUGUUUUGUAUAUUUGCACCAAAGUGCUAUAUCCUUGUUAUAAAACCUAAGCUGAACACAAAGAAACACCUUCUGGGAAAAACACAAUGUUAAUUAU